AUGGAUGUUGAACAUGUAAAUUCGAUGGAUCUAUGCCAGAAAUCCAACAGUAUACUAGGUCCAAAUGAAACGUCUCUUACGAUUGACUCAUUACAACACCAAGAAACACAACGUAGAAAAUUGUUACUCAGUGUAGAACAAAGAAAACAUCAUGCAUACCCCGUUAUUUUCCACCAUGACCAACUACUCAUUCAACUGAUGCAAGAAGAUGGAAAUAUGAAGGUGAAUAACUUGAUAGCCCCAAAAUCUGUCAAUCGAGAAACAUACCAGUGGGAUGAACCUCCAAAUCCAACAUUACUGAACUAUUCAAAAUAUCUCCGACAGAUUCGAAAAACUCAUGACUCUUUUAACCAAGGCAAUAGAGAAUUUGUUGAGAAUUUUCCAUGCAAUGAGAGGACAGGAGACAUGGUGAAACUUAUUCCUUCUUGUAAUGUUUCCACUAAAACAAAGGGAAACAUCAGUUCAUCUCUCACAACCUCUAAUACUUUAAAGAAAGAAUCACCACCAACUGUAUCCAGCCUUGAUGAUGAUGAACUGGCUGAAGUUCAGAAAAAUCUGGACAAUUUUCAGUUGUUACUUUCACAAUUUAUCAACACUCCAAAACUUGGUGACAACAACAUUGGUAAUUCAAAAUUUAUCUGUAAUGAAACGACUGAAAAUGCGAAUCCUCAGCAUGAAGAAAAAGAAGAUGGUAAUUCAGUAAAGGAAAAGAAAGAGCACCCACCAUUUCAAAAACUACCUAAUUAUAUUACAUUCUCUGUGAAAAAAUCACAUCAGUUUGCUGUGAGAAGGUGGUUACAUUCGAAUUACAAUCACAUUUAA